GUAUUUCCGUUUAGUUAGCUGUGAACGUUGAAUACCUAUGCGCUGUGUCUUUUCCUGUGACUAUCGUAUAAGGGUGUGUAAUGAAAGCUGUUUAUAAUUCUGGUUUGUGACAAACGACCAAGAUGUUUAGAUCGAAAUGAUUUUCUUUAAUACUUAGCUAAUCAUAUCUGCACAACGGAAAUAUAUUCAUUUGAGUCAACCAAAAAGAUGGUUGGUCAGUCUGACUGUGUUACAAACUUCAAACAAAGCAUUGUCAGAAGAACUGAAUCCCUUCUUAGCGGCAUUGAGAGGAACAUUGAACGUAACGAUACACAAUCUGCGGCUGUGGCUUUAUGUCAAGCUUACUCUCUUGCGCCUCGUCGUACAAGAAAGCAAUUACGAAGAAUAGAAAGGGUGAAUCUUGUAAAACUUGUAAAAGUUUUAGAAAAGUUUUUAAUCGAAAAUAAUGGAGAUUCGUCUCUAACUGUAAAAAAAAUAAGCGAGCUUAUUUUGUUGCCCGAAGUUGAUGCGAACAAUUCCGUUGCAUGGCGAAUACGAUUGUGGAUGUUGCUUGAAUCAGAGGAGUACGCCGAAGUAGUCUUGAAUACCAAUCGCUUAUCAAGCAUGCCUGCGAGUAAUGAAACAGCUGAGCUAUAUCUUAUGUGCUCGCUGGCACAUAUGAAAACUGGUGUUAAAGAUACUGGUCUCGAGCUGUAUCAGACAGCAAUCAAUAUUGACUCCAUAAAGGCAAGAAAAUGCAUUGUUAGUAUUGGAGAGGACAACAAAAUGAUAAUUUAUAAAACAUUACUGGAAAAGGCAUCACAACUUCAUCGUAAUAUGACAUCACUGAGCACAAAGGAUAGCGUUGACAUGUUGAAUUAUUACAGUGAGAUUUGGAGACUUUGUCCCAAUGAUAUCAACUCAGCGGAAAUUUAUGGCCAGCUAUUGAUGAAGGUCUUUCGAUAUGAAGAUGCCAAAGUUAUUUUUGAAGGGAUUGUCGACCAACUAGAGAGUAAAGGUGAUCUUUUUCAAGCAGUACGUUUUCGACUCUAUCAUGCAGAUUGUCUGGUAAACAUUGCCAGUUUUGAAGAAGCAGUGCUGGACUAUUUAGAAGCCAUGGAACACGAUUCCUGUCUAACACAAAUCACUCUUCAAUCUCUCUCAAAUGUGUUUGUCAAUAAACUUACAGCAUGUGUUAUUGAGCAAGCUUCGACACUCGUCAAUCAAAUCACAUGUGACAAAGGCGAAGAUUCGGAUCAAAACAAUGCGGAUAGCGCACUCCAGCUCUAUCGUCGUCUUUAUAAAUUACUCUAUGCAAUUGACAGCGAGAAUGUCGACGCUCUACGAAAAUGUGCCGAAUCGUUACAUGUGGCAGGGAAGCACGAAGACGCUGUUGCUCUGUUGACGGAGGCCAUUAGAAAAACUCCUUCUGUACAUUUAUUGUGUGAAAGAGCUAUGUCUUAUUUAGGAAUGAAGAAUUUCAAAAUGGCACAAACUGAUUUGGAAUGUGCAUCUCAUCUGCAAGGUAACUCCAUUGAAGUUCACUCUUGCAAGGCAUAUUUGAAUUUUCUCAUGGGAAAGGCAGAAAAAGCUGUUGAGGAUUUGAGUUUUGCAUGCUCUGUGAGCCCAGCCACAACCACAAAAGUGUUAAAGAAGUUCACUGAGGAGCAAUAUGCGAUAAUGACGCGAGGGAUAGAGAAGUACAUCCAUGAUUACAACAAGAAAAUGUUACCGGAAAUAAAAGCCAAAUCUAAAUUACUUAUUUAUCUUUGUGACUUACUUAUUAAUCUUUCACCAGACAAACUCGACUAUUACAUAAAAUAUAGUGAUGUCCUGUUUGCAUUGAACAUGCGCGAAGAAGCCCAAGCUAUAAUGUUAAGAAUGGUAAAGAACUCAUCGAAAGAUUGUUUACCAAUUAUACAUCUUGCUGCUCUUCGCUUGAAACUCGGUAAUGCUGAACUUGCGAUGGAAGGAUUUGGUAGCGUCUUACGUGAAGUAGAUGAAGAACGGUUAGCCGCUGAGCUAUCAGAAUUCUCCAAGAAAGAUCGUGCUCAAAUCUCUCGAGAAGCUCACAUCCGGGGUCUUGCUUUGUUCCGUGAAAAAAAAUACUGCGAGGCAAUAGAUUGUUUUGGUGUUGCUAUAGCGGCAGCGUCCUGUCAUGCCCCAGACUCGUUUCUUGCACGUGCUCGAUGUCUCAUGCAAAUGCAGCAUUAUCUGAAAGCAAUCAGUGACUUCACUGCAGUUAUAAAAUGGACUCCCACGUGUGUUGAGGCAAGAUGCGGACGCGCAUGCGUUUAUGUAAGACUUCAGGAGCACCUGGCUGCCAGCAGGGAUAUUUUAUAUAGCCUUCAUUCGAACAUUCCAGCAACCACUCGAUAUUUGGCCUCACUACCAGACAUAAAACUGCGCAUGGUUUUGCUUACCUUGGAAAAGUAUCUACAAAUUGCUUUUGCAUAUUGUGAAAAGAACGGCGAUAUAACGUCGUCUAUUCACGAAGAUAGCUCGAUGACAUGUGGGGAGUCGCUAUUACUUCUCUCAAACCUCUUGAUUACACUUGCACCUAAUGAACCAAAAUAUCUGAGUAUUUAUGGCGAUGCUUUGAUAGUUCACCGACGUUAUAGCGAAGCUAUUGCGAGGCUUCGUGAAGUACAAUUGCUUUUACCUCUUGAUGUAUCCAUUAUUGCCAGAAUUUCUUUACUUUUUAUUAAAGUUGAUGACCAUGAUGCAGCGAUAAAUGAGUUGUCAAAAAUAUCUGAGGAAUGGAACACUCUAACGUUCUGCAUGCAAGCAAUGGAUGAAGGGACCAAAUUUAAAAUAGCUCUCGCUUCUUUCCAACACGCUGAACUUUUAAAAAAGAAAGAUAAUAAUUCUGAAGCAUUGAAAUACUACACUGUAGCAGUGGUAUCAUCAUGCUGUCGUGACGCUGGAAUUUUACGCGCACGUGGUAAAUGUCUAGAGAGUUUGCAAGAGUAUGGACGAGCAAUUCAAGAUUUUAGCACAGUACUUGCUCUUCCCAGUCCUCAAGUGAGUGAUUUUUGCGCUCGAGCAAUCGCCUAUAUGAUGGACGAUGAUGACGAGCGAGCAUGCCGGGAUUUUAUGACUGCUAUCGAGCGCGAUUCGAAAACUGCACUUAUCUUUAUUAACUCAAAGCCAGGAAAAGAUUCUGCUGUUAGCAUAUUUUUGACUUCAGCUCGUAUUGCGCAUGCACGCAAAGACUUUCGGAAGGCUCACGUGAUCUGUGAACAUGGUUUAAUGGUUGAUGAAAAUGAUGUCAAUCUCCUUGCUCUGAAAGAAAAAUGUGAAAGUAAUAUGCAGAAAUGUAUUUUAAUGUAAGCAGUUAGUUGCAUUUAAGAACAGCAUGUGAAAGUAUUAUUAUAUGUUAACGGUUGUAUGUUAUUUAUUUUAUCCCAAAGCUUGGUUUGUUUUUAGCUCAAAAAAUAUGCUAAACGAUUCUAUUUCAUCGUUUAUUCGUUGUGAAAUAUAUUUACUCACACACGACUAUAGACAAAA